CAUUUGUCAUCGAGCAACGCAUUAACUGGUUUGUCGUCAACUGUCGAUUGUUUAGUCUUAGUAAAGGUUUGUUUUGUCAUUUCGUAUUGUUAUGCAUGUCUUUUGUAUUUAAUCCAAUCCAUGCAUUGUCAAACAUAAGCAUCCAAAUAUUUUUGCAAUGAGUCAGCAUCCUUGUUCAUAAAUUCAACACUUGUGAUAUUAAUUCAUCAUUAGCAGUAUCUUCAUUUUUGUGAAUAGUGUUACCGGCAUAUUUUGGACGCUUCGCUUUCAGUUAAAACAUCCAUCAUGGAUAAUUUUUCAGAUGAAAAACUAAACAAUCUAAAUUCAUCUAAAGUUGCUGAAAAAGUAAUUAACGUAGAUGAAAAUAUGUCAAAGAAUCCAGAAGAAUCGGUUAAUUUGCAGAGUAGUAGCACAAAACAAUCACCAGAUAAAGUAAUAUUACAAAGUACCCAGAUAGAGGCUGAACGUGUACCACAUUCUCAUUUAAUUGAAUCAACUAUUCAUGAGAGAAAGAUGAUUAAGAAAUCAAGAUCUCAUAAAAAAUCUGCGCCAAACGAUUCUCAACGUGAUCAUGAAAAUACCCUUUUCGACCAAUAUGUAUCUAAAAAUGAUGAAAGUUUAAAUAUUAAUCCAGCGAAAGCUACAAAACUACCUAUUAACGAUAGCAAUAGUCAUAUCAGCAAUUUUUCUUUACCAAAAUUGCCGAGUAAUACUUCGACUCAAGGACUUGAUGAUGGACUUUUUGUUUUUGGUGAGCCAAAAGUCAAUGUUGAAACGAAACAAUUUACGUUUUCUUUAAAACCCAAAGAAGUUCAAAGAAAGCGUGUUUCGCUUGAUAAAAAACAACUUAACGAAGAUGAAUCAUUGAUUUCGCUCCUAACGUGCAUUAAUAGUUUAAACAAAAUUAUUUCUAAAGCAGAAAAAUCAAAGGUGAUCGGAAUUUUUGACAGCCCGAAAUCUAAUGACACAAAUACAAUUAAGUCCGCUUUGUUGCAACUACGUCUCGCGCCUGAUAAAGCUCCAUGGGUUGGAAAAGCUGUUUUUGUCAACAAUCAAGUUCCAGCGUCUGAGUUUAUUAUUAGAGAAAACAUUCUAUUUGGAAAUGAAUACGAUGCCCAACGUUACCAUUCAGCGAUUGCAUUGAGUUGCUUACGAGAAGACCUUAAAUUGUUAGCAGAUGGUGAUAAAACUGUAAUUGACAAGAAGCAUUUACAAUUGACGGACACACAAAAAGAAAAACUUGCUCUUGCAAGAGCGUUUUACGCUAACACGGAUAUUUAUAUCUUAGAAGACAUUUUGAAUUCGAUUGAUAAAAUUACUGGAGAAUGCAUAUUUGAAACUCUCAUUCAAGGCGCUUUAGAAGAAAAAGUCGUUAUUUUCAUCACGCACAAUCCAAUGUACCUUAGUCAGUGUGAUGAGAUAUAUGUAAUAAAAAAUGGUGAAAUAAUAGCGCACGGGGAUCAUCAAUCAUUGUUACAAACUAAUGAGCUUUAUGCAUCAAUAAUCAACGCUUCUAUUGAUAGUUUCAUUAAUAAAAAUGUAAAAAUAACAAUGAAGGAUGAAUUAAAUUCCAGCGAGAGAGAAAAAGCCGCAUCACGUACUCUACGCCUCAACAUAAAAAUAAUGAUUAUUUUUUUUACAAUUGUAUUGUCGUUACUGUACAUGCUUCAACACGUGUCAAUGGAACAGUUUUGCAGUUUUGUAGCAUCUACGAUAAUGAAAAUAGUAACAAUUUUUUAUGAUGUAUAGUAUCUCGCAUGUUAUCUUCUUGAAGUUUAAUUUUCAUUUCGCUUCUAGAAAAAUCAUAAAAGCAGCCGAUGAAAUUAUAGAUUACCAUCGAUAUUUUCAACCAAAAAAAUUCAGUUAAUUACUUUUCAUUUUAUAUUUUUAUAUCUCUGCAUACAUCAUAGUAUUUCCAGUCAUUUACUUCUAUCAUUUCAUUAAAUUAAAUUAUUUCUUCUUAUUUAUUUAAAAAA